AUGACUCGCCGGCUUUGUCGUCAUCCGAAAAACGAAAGAAAUCAAGGGAUGGGGCUCCGGGAUUUGGUCUGCUAUUCUGGUAUAAAGGAGGAUCUUGAAAUCGGAAAGAUUCCACUUCAAGUCGCAGUUGGUCACCUUUUUAACAAGGGCAACUCCGAAAAGGAUGUAGCUUGGUCGAUGAUUGUGAUAAUCACUACAUUGGCAGAAUCCACGAGAUUCCAUAACAUUUUGAAUGCUCUCUUCGAAAACUUUGAGUCUUUCUACUAUCUUGAUGAGGAUUCCGCCAGCAUGGUAAAUGAAUGGAGUCACGCCUCAACAUACCUUCUCGACUCCCACAAAUCAUCGAAGGUGGUGUUCGACUGUCCGCUUGCGUGCCUCAAUAACCGGGAUAUAGCCAAGAAGAAUCUGGCUAUUCUCCUGAAUGUCCUCCAAUCUUGCAGCGAGUGGCAAUGUCUUGGGGGCAUGAAACUUAUGGUCCAUGGAGAGAACCCGCCACCACCGCCUUCGAGCCCUCCAUCGGGAAGCGGGCCCCACUCGAGCCUCGCCUCGGGUUUUCGGGCCCGGGCUUUGGUUCCGGCCCUUUUGGCUGCCGCUGUUGUUUGGGACUCGUUGCUUCUACUCUUGUAG